AUGUUACAAUACUAUGCCGAUGACAGUGUACAACUUGCACAUAUAUUAAAACAAUCAGCUAAUCUAAAAAAAACUCAACAAGAUUAUGAUGAAAGUUUAGUUAACUAUGAAAAUACUUUGAAUAUUUUUCUUGAACAAUCAUUUGAAUAUGAAUUCUAUCUGACUAUUUGUAAUAUGAUUAACGAAAUGUUAGAAAUUUAUAUUGAACAUAAAAAUUGUGAUUAUUCAUCAAUGAUAAAAUAUGAAUUAAUUAAACAUAAAUUUAUUGACAAGCACUAUAUAUACGUCGAAUUGUUUUAUGAAAAUAUGAGAACUGUUAGUCAAUAUGAUUUAGCACAAAGUUAUAUUGAACUAGCUGAUAAAUAUUUAGCUAUAUGA